AUGGCGUCCAAAACAGACUUCCAGAUCGCUUCUCUGGCCUUCGGCUUCACGCUGGGCUUUGGUUUCCUCACAGUAUGGGAGGCCAUCAAGCAGACAAGGAUGAACAAAAGCCCCCUUCGUAGUCCGUUCAUCUAUAUGAUCUGGGGAGAGAUCGCGGCAAAUCUGUUUAUCUGCAUAAUCGCCUGGAUAUUUCUAGAUGGAAUUCUUGGAGCGACCGUGCCAGUCCUCUUUGUGAUUCUCGCACUUUGGGUCCUUGAGAUACAGCUUCUGAUGCAGAUGAUCAUCAACCGAAUUGCGGUGAUUGCAGAGAGCCAGAAGCUAGUGCAGAAGAUCAAAUGGGGAACGUGUGGCGGCAUCUCUUUCAUCAACUGUUUGGUUUUCAUCAUCUUCAUUCCUGCCCACCUCACGCCUCCGCCAAUCCCAGUCUUGUUCCAUAUCAACAAGUACUGGGAUCCGACAUCCAAAGUUCUCAUCUGCAUCGUCGACGCCGGGCUAAAUUGGUACUUUCUAAGCACCGUCAAGCAGCGCCUUGUGAAAGAGUGUGGACUCGUCAAGUACGCGCCCCUGGUCAGCUUUAAUGCCAGGCUUAUGGUCGUGUCCAUCGGCAUGGAUCUGCUGCUGAUCGGCCUCAUGUGGUUACCGAACGAGAUCGUCUUCAUCCAGUUCCACCCUGUGGUAUAUAUGGUCAAGCUCAACAUCGAGAUGUCCAUGGCGUCCCUUAUCACCCGACUCGCCCGCGGCCAAGUCGGCGACGACGUCCAGCGGGAUCCGUACUCCUACUCCAACAAAGGCCGACAAGGGCACUCCGACCACACCCACCGCAGCAGACAAGCCCGCGACAUCGCUCUCAAAUCGUUCAACAGGGCCACUGUGAAAGCACAGCACCGAGACAGCGGUUCCGACCGGUCGACACACCUCGAGGAUGGGAUCAACGGGAUGACCAAGACGGUCGAUUACAAGGUUUCGGUGCAGCGUCAUGGCCAGCCUUCGGGCAGCGAAAAGAAGAACCACAUGUUCGAGACGGAAGACGACGCCCCACUGACGAGUAAUGCUGGGCACCCUUAG